AUGACAGAUUUCGGACUUGUACCGGUUGAAGAGUAUUUGGGACCAGUUUAUAAUGUUCCAGUUAGUAGGAAAUAUGAUGCGGAUCGUCUCACCAAAGAGAUAGAAAUUUUACAGCAUAUCAUCGACUUCUAUGAGUCGAACACUACAUAUUACGGAAAAUUGUUGGAGAAUGAUCAAAAUUCACUCAUAACACUUCUAGUCAAAUUGGAAAAACGGGCCACAGAAAAGAAAACAACUAUCGAUGAGUUUGUGAAUUGUCUGAUCAAAACUUCUGGACACUACUACACGCCAGUAAUUUACAAAACUAUUUCACAUACCAUCAUAAGUGUGCACAAGUCAUAUGGGAGUUUCAUCGACAUACCCUUGGAUAAAGAUCUUUGGAAGAGUUCGCUAAUCCACGACUCUGAAUUCAAUCCAAGCCUUACUUCUCAACUCCCGAAUUUCAAAGUUUGUGAUAGUCUUCUGUCGAUUGAACACACUAAAGAAAUAAAUGAUUUCAUUCAUUUGAUAGCAAAGGUGUCCAAUUGUGAGAUUAAUUUUGUGACACGUGCUGGUAAGUUGAACCAUAUACAGAGUGAAGUAUUUUGCAAGGCACUUUCAAAAUUCUAGUGUGUCAUUAAUAUCUACUCAGAGGUGAGGUAGCACUUCACACCUAGGUGUUUCGCGUACACCUCAUAUAAUUGAUUUAAUGAUUGAAAACGAUAGGUUUGCAACAUUUUAUCUGUUUCCUUACAUGCGUCUACUCAUGUUCACACAUCAAAAAUCAAAUCGAUUUAUGAGAAUGUUAAGAAGAACAUGAUAAGGGAAUACAUGUUACUGAGAAGAAAUCGAAAAGUGUCAUUCGUGUGAGAUGGACG